GUAAAACGUUCGAAGAUGUCGCGACCCGGCACGGCCCGCCCGGGCUCCGCACGGCUCGGUUCCGCCAGGCUAGCGGCUGUCCCGCAGCUUCCGGACUUCGUUCUAACAGAGCGACUGGGCAGCGGCACGUACGCCACCGUCUUCAAGGCCUACAGCAAGAGCAAGCGCAGACAGGUGGUCGCCAUCAAGUGCAUCCAGAAGUCCAACCUGAACAAGGCCGCCACCGACAACCUCCUCACUGAGAUCGAAAUCCUGAAGAACGUGCGGCACCCUCACAUCGUGGAACUGAAGGACUUCCAGUGGGACCGCAACAACAUCUACCUGAUCAUGGAGUACUGCAGCGGCGGGGACCUCUCCCGCUUCAUCCACAGCAAGAGAACGUUGCCGGAGUACCUGGCGAAGAGGUUCGGGCAGCAGCUGGCCAUGGCGCUGCAGUUCCUCCGCUCCAAGAACAUCUCCCACAUGGACCUGAAGCCGCAGAACAUCCUUCUGUCCUCGCGGGACAACCCGGUGCUGAAGCUGGCGGAUUUCGGGUUCGCGCAGUACAUGGGGGACGAGGCGCGCAUGACGUCGCUACGCGGGAGUCCACUCUACAUGGCACCAGAAAUGUUCUGCAACACAAAGUACGAUGCACGAGUGGACCUCUGGUCGCUGGGGGUGAUACUUUACGAGGCGCUGUUCGGGCGAGCGCCGUUCUACUCCCGAUCCUACGCCGAGCUGGAGGUGAAGAUCCGGGACACCAGACCCGUCGAGAUCCCGCAGGGGAUCCAGAUCUCCGGGAAGUGCCGGGAUCUGCUCCUCGGCCUCCUGCAGAGGGAUCCCAACCAGAGGAUAACCUUCGAGGAGUUCUUCAACCACCCGUUCAUCGACCUUGAGCACGUGCCGUCCCACGAUUCGCUCGACAAGGCCGUCGCCAUAGUGACGGAGGCCGUGAAGUACGACGAGGAGGGUAGCCACGCGGAGGCGGUGAAGAAGUACUGCGAUGCGCUCGAGUACUUCGUUCCCGCGGUCCACUACGAGACGGACGAGUCGAAGAAGGACGUGCUGAGAAAGCGCGUGAUGGAGUACAUGGCGCGCGCCGAGGAGCUCAAGUCCAUGAUCAAGCCCGCCGAAGAAGAAGAACCGACCAAUGAGGACGGAGAAGACGACGGACGGGAAGCUACGCCGAAAGAGGCGGAAACGCUGUGGGAGAUGGCGGGGUCAUGCACGCGGCUCCACCAGGCGCUGAAGCGCGCCGCCAUCGCGGAACUCAGGGCGGAGCACGAGCUGUACGACAGCGCCCUCGAGGAGUACAAACACGCCCUGGAGGAACUACUUUCUCUCCUGGAGGCCGAGCCCAAGGGCAGGCGGAGGGAUCUGCUGCACAUGGAGGUGGAGAAGCUGUUGAAUCACGCACAGGCGGUGAAGGACUACAAGAACAUGAUGAAGCGAGACGCCCCCAGACUGUCCGAUUCCGGGGAGCGGUAUAACGACUCCAGAGAUGACAUGAACAGAUGCGUUGUUCAGUGACGGCCUGGAAUUACAAAUGUAGCUCUAGAAAUUUACUAGGCAUUGAAUGUUUAGCAUAUUGUUCAAUGCACAUUGUAUAUGGGUGGGGAAAGUACAUGUACCAUUUUCGUUUUGGAUACACCAAUAUUAAGUAUUUGUUGAAAAAGAUUUGGAGACAACAAUGGUUUUUCUGAUUCUGAAAUGAUUGUCCAUUCUCAGGAUGCACAGUUGACCCUCAGGCAAUGCGUACCAAGGCCACACUGUACAUGUUUGGAUGAUAUGGAUGACAUCCUCUGAUCACCCCUAAACUGAUGUGAGCAUGUGAAAUAAAAAUUUGCCUUCAUUAUGAAAAUCAAAGUGGUGAGGAAGGUUGAACAAAUGACUGAACACUCAAAGCAUGGUUUACCAACCAGUAAAAAGUUUUGUUCUUUCACAUCUUCUUAUAAUUCAAGCCCUGCUUCCCUUCCUCUGGCAUCUUCGACCUCUGUCACCUUGUUGAGGAGAACCAGACAAAAAUUGAUACUCCCAUGGAUGUCAUCCAUAUGGUCAAGUCAGUGUGGCCUAAUGCCAACUCCAAAUUCCAAAGAUGGCCGACCCAACACCAGUCUAGUAAAAAAUGGCCUGCACUGUAUAUCCAGGCCAAGAUAGUUCAGUUAUCAUCAAGUUUAUUUACAAAUCUCUCUCCAGACUGGUAAACAUAUAUCCCAAAUUUGAUGACUAAUGUAAAUCAUCUCAAAUAUGCAGAUACACCUGAGUCUUAAUUCGUGCAGGAUUUUGAUGUCACACCGAAGCUUGCUCAGAUGUGGACAUACUGACAUUGGAUGUGGACAGAUACAGAUAGAUUGACAGGAGUAAUUGUUAUUAGUAUUUGCUGUCAUGUCAUA